GCGACUACCAAUCGUUGCACUUCGUGAUAUUCAGUCUUAGUGUGCGGAUCGUCUUGCUGCUUGUCAUUUCCAUGUUCAUUCAUUAGAUAGCAGAUCAUUAAUUAAUUAGUUCUUUAAUUUUCCUUCUAUUUUCAACGAUUAUUAGCGUGUGAACGCGUGAAACACAAUGUCGGUCGUUUACAAAAGUACAAUGAACGCGAUUAGCAAGUUUGUGCCUGAGAAGUUCCAGCCACUGUGGAAUCACCCAGCUGGUCCGCAGACUAUAUUCUUCUGGGCACCAGCUUUUAAAUGGGGACUUGUAAUAGCUGGCCUCGGUGAUCUGCAGAGGCCAGCAAAUCAAAUCUCCAUUAGCCAAUCAUCUGCCUUGGGCAUUACCGGCUUGAUCUGGACCAGGUAUUCUUUAGCAAUCACUCCGAAAAACUGGAGUCUGUUUAGCGUAAACCUCUUUGUCGCGAUAACCGCCUUAUAUCAAGUUAGUCGGGGAAUAAUGUAUCAAAAGGAACAAGCAUCCCUAAAUGAAGCAGCUCCAGUAAAAGAAAAAUAGCGAUUAUAUGUAAAUGAUAUACAUUCCUAAGGACACAAAUACUUAAAUGUAUAUAUUUAGAAUAUUAGGCACACUUUAAUAACUUGCGGAAUGUAUCAAAUCGUUACGCAAAUUCGAACAAAAGUAAUGCAAGCACAUGGUUAAGGAAAGGACACAAGUUCAUAAUCAGCAUUAUGCAUGAACUUUCAAUAAUUAUAAAUUUUUCAUAGUAUAAUUGUAAAUACUUUAAUUGAAGCAACUGCACGUUAUACGUAUAUAGUACAAAUGCAUCGACAUAGGCAAUCAUGAAA